GAUGCAGCUAUCAAACAUCGUAGCUGCAUUACUGUCACUGCUGGUCUGAAAUAGUCUGAAAAGCUUAGCAAAAAUGCAUUGAUGGUAACUUUUGUUAGGAGCGUUUCCCUUAUUCUCGCCCCACUUCACAACCGUCUCUUACUUCUGUUUAUGUGUGUAGGAAAAUAUGCAAAAACACAUGAAAAUUAAUAUUUGUUAGUCUAAAUAGGGAUGUUGCCGAUCUGCCUUGUUUUCGCGUAUGAUGCCGAUCUGCCUUGUUUUCAGUUCCGCUGUUGGGGCAAUGUAGGGGAGGGGCGAUCUAUCCCUGGGGUCUGGUCUUCGGGACGGGGUGGUGCUUUAGUGGUCUCAGUGGGGAGGACUUGCUUGACUGCAUGUCUAAUUUGUUCUAGUAAGCAAAGGGGCUGGACACAUUGUUCAUGCAUCAAACAUUUAUUCCUAGGUGGACAAGUUAGAGUACCACACAGCUUUUUCCCAUGCCAAUCAGAGCUUAGUCAACAAUGAUUGCUUAGUUCACUGGACCUGCUUGUUUCUAGCCUUCUCACUGUGUUUAUUUGGAGUUCACCUAGCGACAUUGUUGACAGGGAAGUUCAGAGGCUUACGUCAGGAGGAAUCAUUAUUCUGUGCUAAGCUGAAUUGAGGGAUAUUAUUUGUGGCAUGGUUACAUGGAUGUUUUCCUCUAAAAGGCAGCUGACCGCUGAGCCAUCCCAGCAGUGUGAGGAUCUACCCGGGGACCUGCCGUCUCUGUCCUGGCUCACCACCGUGGAUGUACCCAGGCUUCAGCAGAUGGCUGCAGGCAGGCAGGCCUUCCACAACACAGCAGCCUGGGGCAGUACCCUCCAACACACAGACCAGCGAAGCAAAAUGAACACAGCUCUAGGACAUGAAACCAUGGUCCCUCCCCCUAGCAACGUGCGGACCAGUUAUAUUGGAAUAAACUACCAAAACAAUCUUUAUGGAGAUAAUGCGGUCUACCCAGGAAGUGACGUACCGGCCUCAGGAUACCCAGGAGGGGGUGUGCCCUACUGCUCAACUCUGGCCAUUCAACAAAAUUCCUCCCGCAGCCUGUACAACAGCCCCUUCUACCAUAACCAGAGCCUGUGUGAGCGGCACGCAGCGGUCAUAAGCAUCAGCGACCCCCACAGCAACCAGGAUCUGCUAGGGCAAGCCAAGGCCUUCCCUAAACCCAUCUACUCCUACAGCUGCCUGAUUGCCAUGGCUCUGAAGAACAGCCGGUCGGGCAGCCUCCCUGUCAGUGACAUCUACGGCUUCAUGAAGGACCACUUCCCUUAUUUCAAGACGGCCCCGGACGGCUGGAAGAACUCAGUGAGACACAACCUGUCUCUGAACAAGUGCUUUGUAAAGGUGGAGAACAAGCAGGGAGGCCCCACCUCCUCCACCCGUAAAGGCUGCCUGUGGGCCCUCAACCCAGCCAAGAUGGACAAGAUGGAGGAGGAGAUGCAGAAGGGGAGGCGCAAGGACCCGACAGCCAUUCGCCGCAGCAUGUCUAACCCAGAUGAGCUGGACAGGCUGAUCACAGACCGACCCGACGGCUGCCAGAGAAAGACCUGUGACCCCAGGAAGUGUUUCCCCUCCAGCGCCUGCCCUCCCCCUCUGUCUGGACAUCACUUCCAAGUUCUGAAUCCCGCCUGCCUAGGAGACCCUUGCUCCCCGGUACCGGCCCAGACACCUCCCCUUCACGCUGUCCCUAUCUCCCAGCAGGAGCCCUACAGACCCCAACACGGCCUGUACAGCCUCCACCCUGACAUCACAGCCGAGGCGGACGCCCUGGAAACCAGCAUCAUGGAGUUCGCUGGGAACCUAUGGGAGGAGAUGACAGAGGAGGGCUUCAGCCUGGAUACUCUGGGUUCUCCUCUGUGCCUGUCUGACUGUGAGCUGAGCGCCUCCAGCCCGGAGGUACAGCCCCUGGUGGACCUGCAGGUGUCGGGUCUGUACGCAACACCAGUUGGCCCCUCCCAAUAUGUCGCCGGCACACAGGCGGGAGGUCGGGCCAUUGCCCUGCUCUGACUGUCAAACACUGAUGCACGCCAGGAAGGAGUGUGGGAAGAUCAGCUCAGCCGAGUCCCUACACUGUUAACGAUACCGUAAGAGAAUCCAGAACCUUCCAUUACCUGACAGGGUGUCUUUCCCCGUUUAUUGUCUAUGGUGUUUUUUCUACUGAUUCCUCUUUUUUCGCCAAAGCGCUUAAGGACCAGCCAAAUCAGUGAGCCACGCCCCAUUUGAUUGUGUCUGUCAGCUUUUUAGAGUGAUGAGGAUCAAGUGUUUUUUUUUUUGUACAUGAUUGUUUUGAAGUGUAAAAUGCAAUGACACUUUGUAUGAGAGCUGGGGUCCAUGCUGGUUUCUGUGAAGAAGUAAACAUCAUCAGGGAAGCUCAUCUGUCAUCUUUUUCUUCAAGAGGAAAAUUCUUGUUGAUUUUCUGGUGUGUGCAGUCUCUUCUGUGGUACUCCAUGCAGACUCGCCAUUAUCUCUGCAUUUUAUCUGUAUUCAUUUUUAUUCCUUCCUGAGUAAAUUCACUAAAAUGCCUCUUGAUGCCGUGCCUUAAAACUUGUUUUGUUCUGUAAUAUAGAGGAAUUUAACAUGUUAAUGUAUUUUAAAAAUACAAUAUGAUUUUUGUUAAGGUAUUACAUGUUAUCAAGGUCGUUU